CUUGACUGUGGUGGUUACUGAGUUGAGGGAAGCUUAUUCUGUUGCUCAAUCCCUCCCUUUGACAGAUUUGUUCGCCUUCAGCGAUGUUCAGAAGAUUGAUAAUCCUAACGCUGAUCGUGAGCUCGAUCGCGUUUCCGUGCAGCGGCUUCUCGCCGGAGGACCCCACCAGUCGGCAAGUUCUGGUCUUGCUCGACGACUUCGCUCUCAAAUCGUCUCAUUCUCUCUACUUUAAGGCGCUGCAAAAUCGGGGAUACAAUCUCGAUUUCAAGCUUGCCGAUGAUCCUAAGAUCGCCUUGCAGAGAUACGGCCAGUAUCUCUACGACGCUUUGAUUCUCUUUUCCCCUUCGAUUGACCGAUUUGGAGGUUCUGUUGAUGUAGCAGGGAUUCUGGAUUUUGUUGAUUCUGGUCGUGAUUUAAUACUGGCGGCUGAUGCAUCUGCGUCUGGUCUUAUCCGUGAAAUUGCUACUGAGUGUGGAGUUGAUUUUGAUGAGGACCCCUCAGCUUUGGUUAUUGAUCACACAAGGUAUGCAGUUUCUGAUGCAGAAGGGGGUCAUACAUUAAUUGCAGCCACUGAUUUCAUUCAAUCUGAGAUUAUCCUGGGAAGCAAGACAAUUGAGGCACCAAUACUUUUUCACGGGAUUGGUCAUUCUGUUAAUCCAGCUAAUAGCUUGGUUUUAAAGGUUUUAUCAGCAUCGCCAGCAGCAUAUUCAGCCAAUCCGAAGUCAAAGUUGUCAGAUCCACCUGCGCUAACUGGUUCUGCAAUCUCUCUCGUUUCUGUUAUUCAGGCUAGAAAUAAUGCUCGAAUUCUGAUCUCUGGCUCUUUAAGCAUGUUUAGCAAUCGUUUCUUUAGAUCUGGGGUUCAGAAAGCUGGAAAUCCAACUCAGCAUGAUAAAGCCGGGAAUGAGCAGUUUCUCACUGAAAUUUGCAAAUGGGUCUUUCAUGAAAGAGGUCACCUCAAGGCCAUAAAUGUUACACAUCAUAGAGUUGGUCAGGCAGAUGAACCUUCCAUGUACAGGAUCAACGAUGACCUGGAAUACUCUGUUGAGAUUUUUGAGUGGUCGGGAACAAGCUGGGAGCCAUAUACAGCAGAUGAUGUCCAAGUCCAGUUUUACAUGAUGAGUCCCUACAUUUUGAAAACCUUGUCAACUAAUCAACAGGGUGUCUACUAUACUUCCUUCAAGGUCCCAGAUGUUUAUGGAGUAUUCCAGUUUAAAGUUGAAUAUCAAAGACCGGGAUACACAAGCUUAAGCCUUUCCAAACAGAUCCCAGUGAGACCCUUCAGACAUAACGAGUACGAGCGAUUCCUUACAGCCGCUUUCCCCUACUACGGAGCAUCCUUUUCCAUGAUGACAGGUUUCUUUGUAUUCUCUCUGGCAUACCUUUACAACAAGUAAAAGUUUCUCGUCAAAUUGAGGUAAGAUAACCCAGAUUCAUAAGAAGAUGAGUUUUGACGGAAUAAUAGCUUAAUUAGUUCACAAACAACUUGAUUUUGAGCGAUUUAUUACACAACCAUUUUUGUUAGUGAUGAAAAAUGCAUGUCGAGCUAUUUUGCAUUGAAAAGUUCUUUUUUAUUGUGACUUUUUAGUUUAUUUUUAACAAUGAAAACGAAGGAUUUGG